AUGUCUACCGACCCCUCCCAUUUCUUAAGUAAUAUCAUUGGCUCAUCCGUUACAGUCAAACUUCAUAAUGGAGUUAAGUAUGCUGGAGUAUUACAAAGUAUUGAUGGAUUUAUGAAUGUUGUAUUACAGAAUGGAACAGAAGUUGCUGGAGAAAGUUCUAGAACGUAUGGAGAUGUAUUUAUCAGAGGUAAUAAUGGUAUGUAUGAAUAG